ACAUUCUUGAUUUUUUCAGAAACAGCUGUACUGUUUAGUGCAGCUUGCUGCAAGCAUGGGACCAAUGGGGACACUGGGUGAAGAAAACCAGACAGAUGACGUGAAAAUGGAGCUCUUCACUAGGCUGUAUGUGCCAAGACUCACCACACCCCUAAGUGAGCUGGCAUCUGACCCCAAACCAGAACUGAAAGACAGCACCAUGUUGGUUGAAGUGCAAAUCAUACUCAUCUUUGCUUAUUGCUCUAUCAUCCUACUGGGGGUGAUCGGCAACUCCCUGGUGAUCCAUGUGGUUAUCAAGUUCAAAAGCAUGCGGACUGUGACUAACUUCUUCAUUGCCAACCUGGCUGUAGCUGAUCUGCUGGUGAAUACACUGUGCCUGCCCUUUACCUUAGUUUACACACUAUUAGGAGAAUGGAAACUGGGGCCCCAACUGUGCCACCUGGUGCCUUAUGCCCAAGGUCUUGCAGUACAUGUGUCUACUGUCACUUUGACUGUGAUUGCCUUGGAUCGGCAUCGCUGUAUAGUCUAUCAUUUAGAGAGCAAAAUCUCUAAGCGGAUCAGCUUCCUGAUCAUUGGGGUCACUUGGGCUGUCAGUGCCCUCUUAGCCAGUCCCCUGGCCAUCUUCCGUGAGUAUUUUCUGAUUGAGCUCAUUCCUGGUUUUGAAAUUGUGGUCUGCUCUGAAAAGUGGCCUGAUGAGGGUCAGCUGAACUAUGGCACCAUCUACAGUGUCUCCAUGCUCCUUAUACAAUAUGUUUUGCCUUUGGCAAUCAUUUGUUAUGCCUACAUACGCAUUUGGACCAAACUAAAGAAUCAUGUAAGCCCUGCGGCUGGGAAUGACCAGUAUCACCAACGGCGGCGAAAAACCACCAAGAUGCUGGUGUGUGUGGUGGUGGUAUUUGCUGUAAGCUGGCUACCCUUUCACACUUUCCAGCUGGUCAGUGAUAUUGAUAGCAAGGUGUUAAAUCUAAAAGAAUACAAACUGAUCUAUACAGUGUUUCAUGUCAUUGCCAUGUGCUCGACUUUUGCUAACCCCCUUCUCUAUGGCUGGAUGAAUAACAACUACAGGACGGCCUUUCUCACAGCAUUCCAGUGUGAGCAGCGGCUGGACUCCAUUCAUCCUGAAGUACCAACAGCAAUUAAAGUCAAGAAGAACCUUGAAGUAAAAAAGAGUCAUUGCACUGGAGGCCCUUUCACACAACCUACCAAUGUCUAAGAAGUCAGGUUUAAAAGAGGAAAUGAAUGCACUAUGGACAUAGAGAUAAAUCCAUUCUGCCGAUGCAUUGUUAAUGUGUAGUUUGUAAUCUUAUAAGGUGGAAGAAAACUGGCAACUAACAUAAAGCAUCUGUUGUAUGAUUCCAGUGGAGUUGGUUUGCUGUCAACUAUAUAAAAUAACGCAACUCCAAAGAAAGAAGAGAGACAUUGUUCAUGGCUGUCUGUGUUGCGAUUAAAGGAAUUUUUCCUUUUGUUCUAAGUCAGUCAUGAGAGAGG